CAUUCAAACGCGUUUUGGCAGGGGUAAAAUAGUCAAAUCACCUCCCUUUUCUCCUCCACCAUGUUUUUGGCUGGGGUGAAACCGUCCUUCGAACAAAAUCGAAGAAAUUUUGAAAUUCCCGUUCUCAAUUUUCACUACUCUUGAGUAUAAAAAAUGGUUGUCUGAAUUCUCUCCUGAUGAAGAAACUUCUUGAAAUCAUUCCUCCAUGUUUUCUUACCACACCCCCCAUCGAUUCCUGAAAAAAAUCAAACCUUUAUUAGGUCAAGUUCUAACUAAGGGUUUCACCUCUCUGAAAACCACCAAACGAACAAAACCCAUCAAUUAUAUCCGUCAAAAAAUUAAUAAAUCCCCCACCAAGAAAUCAUCGACCAAGAAAAAUGACAACCCAGAGCCAAAGAUUUACUCGAGGGAGAAAAUCACAAAAAUCUACAACAUCCUCAAGUAUUCAACCUGGGAUUCCGCUCAAGAACAGCUGGACAAUCUCCCGACAAAAUGGGAUUCCUACACAGUCACCCAAGUUCUCAAAACUCACCCUCCAAUGGAGAAAGCUUGGCUCUUUUUCAACUGGGCAUCCACGAGGAAAAAAUUCAAGCACGAUCAGUACACCUACACCACAAUGUGUGAUAUUUUCGGCGAAGCGAAUCGGAUUUCUUCGAUGAUGUAUGUUUUUAGUCGAAUGAAGGAUGAAAAGGUCAAGGUUGAUGUUGUCACCUACACUUCGAUUAUGCAUUGGUUGUCUAACGGCGGCGAUUUUGAUGGGGCGGUUAGUUUGUGGGAGGAGAUGAAGGCGAAGGGGUGCCGCCCCACGGUUGUUUCCUACACGGCUUAUAUGAAGAUUUUGUUCGGUCGGAAGAAAGUUGAUGAGGCGGCUGAUGUGUACAAGGAGAUGCUCGAAUCGGGCGUAAAACCUAAUUGCUAUACUUAUACGGUUCUUAUGGAGUUUCUUGCUUCGUCCGGCAAAUUCGACGAAGCUUUGGAGAUAUUCGAUAAAAUGCAAGAAGCAAGCGUGCAACCCGAUAAAGCCUCAUGCAAUAUUUUAAUCGAAAUUAGUUGCAAAACAGGGGAAAUACGAGCAAUGACAAAGAUUCUCGAAUACAUGAAAGAUAACUUCUUUGUCCUCCGUUACCCUAUAUAUCAAAAAGCACUCGAGGCUUUCAAAAUUGCCGGGGAAAGUGAUAUGCUUCUAAGGCAAGUCAACCGACACUUCUCUGCAGAAGAAAACUUAAACGACGAGCCAGAAAAAUAUAAUCUUGAUAAUGACUUUGCCUUGGAAAAUAGCCUCGUUUUGAAUUUAUUGAAUAAGCGGAGUCUUGUUGGUGUUGACUCUUUGCUUUCGGACAUGGCUGAAAAGGGUGUUCGAUUAGAAAGUGGGGUUGUCUCAAAAGUUAUCGAGGUAAAUAGUGCUUGUCAAAGGCAAAAUGGUGCUUUAUUGGCGUGUGAGUAUAGUGUGAAAUCAGGAAUACAUAUCGAAAGAACUGCGUAUCUUGCAUUAAUCGGUUUAUUCGUUCGAAUAAGUUCUUUCCCGAAGGUGGUUGAGAUUUUCGAGAAAAUUGCCAUGCAAGGUUUUUCUCUCGGCACACAUUUGAACUCUACUUUGAUAUAUCGACUUGGAUGUGGCGAAGAAGCUACUUCUGCUGCAAAAGUGUUCGAUUUAUUACCGGAAAAGGAGAGGAGUUGUGCUGAGUAUACGGCUUUAAUCGGUGCAUAUUUUUCGUCGGGAAAUGCUGACAUGGCACUUGAAACAUUCGAUGUAAUGAAAAAGGCGGGUGUUAAGGUUGUUUUGGGGACUUAUUGUGUCUUGUUAGCUGGUCUCGAGAAAUGCGGUAAGGCGCGUGAGAUGGAUUAUUACAGGAAAGAAAAGAAGAGGCUUGAAAAUGGGAGAUCUUUUAAUGUUUCAAUGGAGGAAACUAUAUGUAAUCUUCUGUUUGCUAGAUAGAUAGAUCAAGGGUAUUUUUAGUCUUUUUUGUUCUGGAAUAUUUAUUAAAUAGUUGAGACUUUAUUUGAUGUUUGGUUAGUUUGAUAACUUUGAUAAUGAUAAAUUAUAUUUUGGCAGCCGAACGAGGCCUAAGAGAAUA